AAAGACUUCCAUUGGAAGAAAGAAAGAGAAAGCACUUCGGGGGGGAUUGGGUCUCACUUUGUGUGCUGUAAAUACCUUCCAAAUUUCUUCAUAAGAAGACGACUUUAGGAGAACAAGAAGAAGAAGAAGGCAUUUUCUGGAUUUGCACGUCCACUCCUUCUUCCAUGUUCAGCAACAACCACCACCACCACCACCACCACCACAACAGUCCCACCUUUUCAGGCGGCGGCGGCGGCUGGCUCUGGUUGAUGGCGCGGAUAUCCGCGACCGAUGCGGUGGUGGUUUUCACGGCGCUUGCCGGAGUCGCCGUGGUCGCGGCUGUAGUUUUCACCGCGCGUAGGUAAAAUAAUGCCCCAGUCAAAGGAAGAUUUUUUUUUUGGUUUUUGUUGUCCACAGAAGGGAUACCUACUAUAGCUGCGAAACCCUAGAGGAAAAGGUGAAGAAGAAGGAAAAACAAAAAUUGUAGGAAUUUAAGUGUUAAAUAGAUGAAAGCUCUAAGACGAAGUCACACUUCGUCGUCGUCUUCGAAUUCCAACUCGAAUUCCUCUCCUUCUUCGUCGUGGAUUCAUUUGCGUUCGGUUCUAUUCAUUGUUGCGUCUUCCUCACCAGCUUCUUGUUCUUCCUCUGAUCGGGGUCAUCUCAAGUCACCGUGGUCACGAAAGAAAAGAAAACAUGCCCUCUCACCUCAUCAAUGGAGAAGUUUAUUUACGCCAGAUGGGAAGCUCAGUGAUGGCGGAGUUAAGUUUUUGAAAAAAGUUCGCAGUGGAGGUAUCAAUCCAAGUAUUAGGGCAGAUGUUUGGCCUUUCCUUCUAGGAGUCUAUGAUUUGAACAGUUCCAAAGAAGAAAGAGAUAAUAUAAGAACUCAGAAAAGAAAGGAGUAUGAGAAACUUCGCAGACAAUGCCGGCGACUUCUAAAACAUAGUAAAGAUAGUGUUAAUUUGAAUGAAUUUGGUAGAAUAAGCUGUGAUGGGUACAGUGGGAGCCUCGCCCAGGACACAGAUUCUCCUAGUUCCGAAGAUGUGGUUAGUGCGAGGGAAUCCCUUUCUAGUGAGGAAAGGAGCUCAGAUGUAGAAUUCUCCAACAACCACCCUAAUGCAUUAUUGGGAGGAGACGAUAGUGCGAGACGAAAUACAAAUGCUGAUGCCUCCACACUUGACACUGAUUCAUUGGACUCAGACUCCUCUGAAGAACCUGAAGUCAGUCAGACUUUCCCCUCCACAGAAGGAACAGGAGAGAAUGAUCCUGAUAUGAUUUGCAAGGAGGAUUCUUCUCCCUCGAGGACAGAGGUCUCGACAAAAUAUCGCAAUGAUGAAGAUUUUGCCUCUUGGCAGCGGAUCAUCCGCCUUGAUGCUGUACGUGCUAAUUCAGAAUGGAUUCCAUACUCCCCAUGUCAAGCUGAAAUUUCAGAGGUUAGGGCAUGCCGUUCUGCUGAGGCAGUGGGGUUGAAGGAUUAUGAUCACCUGGAACCCAGCAGGAUCUUCCAUGCUGCCCGACUUGUUGCUAUUCUUGAAGCAUAUGCACUCUAUGAUCCUGAAAUUGGUUACUGCCAGGGCAUGAGCGAUCUUCUUUCUCCAAUAAUUUCAGUCAUUGCGGAGGAUCACGAGGCAUUCUGGUGUUUUGUGGGAUUCAUGAGGAAGGCUCGGCAUAAUUUUAGGCUUGAUGAGGUGGGAAUCCGGAGGCAACUCAAUACCGUUUCAAGGAUAAUCAAGUCCAAGGACUCUCACCUUUACAGACACUUGGAGAAGCUCCAGGCUGAGGAUUGUUUUUUUGUUUAUAGAAUGGUGGUGGUACUAUUUAGGAGAGAAUUAACAUUCGAACAGACCAUUUGUCUCUGGGAGGUAAUGUGGGCAGACCAGGCAGCCAUUCGAGCUGGGAUUAGCAAGUCUGCGUGGGGCAGGAUAAGGCAGCGAGCCCCACCAACAGAUGAUUUGUUACUUUAUGCAAUUGCAGCUUCGGUAUUGCAACGGAGGAAAUUGAUUAUUGAGAAGUAUAGCAGCAUGGAGGAGAUUUUAAGGGAGUGUAAUAGCAUGGCCGGGCAUCUUGAUGUGUGGAAGCUUCUAGAUGACGCUCACGCCUUGGUGGUGACCCUCCAUGACAAGAUAGAGACAUCCUUCUGACGGCUGCAGAAUUUUUGACUGAUUUAUGAGGUUGCAGUUCUCUCUUAAGGAUCUUGGUUCUUUUAAAGGAUCUGAAGUAAUUUUAGGCACUGCACAUGAAACAAGCACCUGAGGUGCUGCUGUAUGUGGCCGGUGUUGUGAAGUUAUAUUGCUUGUUCUGAUACUGUCCGCUCUCAGUGUCCUUUGCAUUAGGUUAAAUAUAGAUGAAUCAUUUUGAUAUUUGACAUUGCACGCACCACUUUUUCUCUGUAACAACACUACUACAACAGUCCAAAAAAAGGAAAUCACAGCAGGCAGGCUCAUCAUUAUUACCCAUCAUC